AAAAAAAAAAAAAAAACCGGCUUUCCUCGCCCAUUUCCGAUCAUGUUCUGGUUUCUCUCUCACCGCCGCCAGCAACGACAUCAGCAGCAGGCCUUACUCCCGUUGUUCUCUCUUCUCUCCUCGGCUUCUUCCUCUUCAUCUUCGAGCUCCAGCCUUCAAAUACGUAGAGUUUUAAAGGCUCCGGGCCGGCCGAUUGCCAUUCGCGCCGAUCAAAUCGCCGAGACUAAGACCACAUUAGUUGUGCGCCCGCAAGGCGAUGCUCAAUCUGCAGUGGCAUACAAGAUUGAAGACAUCGAUGGCGUUACCCUUUAUACCGCCACCGGUCGCAAAUUCUCGCACCGGCCUUGUCGCGAGUUCCGCGACGCCUCGGGACUCCCCCUAUUCGAAUUGCACCGACGCCUCUCCUUCCGCAACAACUGGUCCGUGACGCUCCCAGGCUCCUCCCUCAAGGAUAAAACCUAUUCCCCGCUGGCCACGGGCUCGCGGCGUCGGGCGAGUCGCCGAUCGGCUGCUUCCUUUGGCUCGACUACCCGCGGAGGGAAUUUUACCAUCACCUUUGAUAAUGUCGCUGCUGUCGACGGCAAAGAGCCUGAGGAACGGGUACUGACUUUGGAGGUGCAGCGGCACGGGAAUGUCCUCGCGCUGUUCGACAUCGUGGAUGGAGAUCGUAAGAUCGCGGAGGUGAGGGAGAGUAUUCGCCACAAUGAGAAGUUGGCUUUGAUGCCCGCCUCGCGCGUGGGCUACAGACCUGUAUUGGAUGUCAUUGUGACACCCGGGGUAGAUCUGGCUUUGGUUGCUACCAUUGCUGUCAUCGCGUCAGACACCGUGUUUGCGUCGAAUUAUUGAUAUCUAGCGAAUGAGUAUGGAGGGGAUACCUGAUUUUACAUGCCGACGAUGACCAUGAAUUUCACGACCGACUUGUUCUGUUUGCAGUUAUGUAUAUUCUUUUUCAUGGACAGGCGUUGCUAUUGACUGCACAUUGAGCAAUGACAUAUUUCUUUUCCGUCUGGCGCUGGUAUUCUCUGUCACUGGAGUGUCAGGUUUGUCUCGUUGAUAUGAUUGUUGGUGGCAUUUCGUCUCCUAUUGUGUCGAUCUGAGUUGGGAAUGACAAGGCCUGUACCAUGUUCGUGCAGAAGAAGUUGCACCAUUUCACGACUUCACGACAGAUGUAAGAUGCUCAAUAUGUCGUGUCGGUGGAAGAACGAGCGAUUCCAUUUACCAAAAACGU